AUGGUCAGAAUUUAUAAAAGGUGAGUAUUUGUUGAUUUGAAAAAUUGAAAAAUAAAAAUUUAAAGAAUAAUAAAUAUCAGAGAAUUUUGAUGCUAAUUCGAUGAGAUUUUCCAGUUUUCAGUGUAAAAUAGAGACUUGUACCUCUUCUUUGAGAAUUCUCUUUGUUAAUUGAUUUGUCAUCAUUUCGGAAUGAAUGUGAAGUGGAAGAAUAUCUCCAUAGCUAGUAGAAUUGUCUGAAAAUGAUUUUUUGAAAUCACAAAAAUUCUUGCGAAUUUCAGAAAAUACUGAAUUUCUCUGAAGUCAUGGCAACAUUUUUGUGGAGAAAAACCAAAAGUAUCUGAAAAGUUACAGCAACGAUAGAAUACUAAAACCCAAUGGUAUUUUUUUUUCGAGAAAAAACCCUUGAAGUUUUACUAUUCCAACGUUGCUCUAACUUUUCAGAUAGUUUUGGUUUUCUGCACAAAAUUGUUGCCAUUACUUCAGACAUAUUCGUUUUUUUUAGAAUUCGCAAGCGUUUUUGUGAUUUCAAAAAAUCAUUUUCAGACAAUUCUAGUAGCUAUGGAAAUAUUUUUUCACUUUCCAAUAAUUCCGAAAUGAUGUAAAAUCGAUUAACAAAGAGAUUUUUGAAUUAAAUUAUGAGAAUAUAAGAAAUAUAUUGAUUGAAAAACGCAAAUUCGUGGUUCCCAGAAGUCAAAAUUGUACACUAACUUUUGUCAAAACUCUAAAAUUUGAGUUUUUGUCUCAUAUUUGGAUAUAUUUUUUAAAUUGUACUGUGGCUCACAACUAGAUGUGGCUUGACCCAAUUCCAAACCGCCAGAUGUCCCCAAAAACCUUCUCUAAUUUUUCCAGUGAUGUCGAUAUGUCUAGUGGAGAAUACAAGGAUAAACAAGGCGGUGGAGCGGGUCUCCCGGUAACUAAAGGCGAAGUGAAAGAUGGCAAGAAAAUGUUGCCAAACGGUAUGAGUCGAGUACAUCGGGUGUAUACUGAAGAGGAAAUUGCGCAGGGAAAGAGUACUCGAUGGACCGAACUCGAAAUACAUGGUAAGAUAUUUUGGAUUUUUAUUGAUUUCUUACAACUCGGUCGUAUCAUUUAAAAAAUGUAGUUUGGCCAAAAGUACAAUUAGAGUUUGUAAAGAGAAAAUAUCGUUAAACACCUGCGCGCCACGUGUCCACACGUGUUCGUUCUUAGACCUUGAAAAUGAGAAUAGGGAUAUUUUGUGACCUUCAAAUUUGAAAAAAAAUAGGAAAAAAUGAAUAAAAACGUGACAUACACUUAAACGUGGAAAUUGUAGAAAAACAAGCAUUUCGCAUUUUUUUUCAAAACUAAUUUUGGUGAGCUGGUUAAGAUGAGAAUUAUGUGAGUAAAAAAUUUCACAAGGGAACCUUUUUUACUCAACACUUCAAAUCUCGAUGAAAUCUUGUCCAAAGACAGCUUUUAGGGUCAUAAGAACACCCUAAAAAUUUUACUUACCCAAUUUACUUCUGAGCCAAGUUCUGGGCUCUCAAAAGUUGAAAAGUUGCCAAAAAUUUUUAUGAGUCAAUUUUGGAAAUUUUUGAACUUUUGAGAGCCCAGAACUUGGCUCAGAGGUUCAUUGGGUAACUAAAAUUUUCAGGUCGUUCUAAUGACCACAAAAAAUGUCUAUGGACACAAUUUCAUCAAGAAGUGUUGAGUAAAAAAGGUUAUCUUGUCAACGAAAAUUGUUGGAUAAUUCUCAAAAUUAAUAUUCAUCGUGGAAAUAUCGAACUAAUGAAUUACUGGAGUUCCCAUAACUCUCCCUCCCUCAUAAACUCGAUAAUUACACGAUGUUCUGCAAUAGUUCAUAGAUUAGCGUCGCAUAUCAAUUUUGAUUUAAAAAAUGUGCCAAUUUUCAAUAUGUCAAAAAAAAAUGUUGAACAGCUACAAUAAAACAUAAAGGUUUAUAAUUCGAAAAAAAUAUUCGAAAUAAUUAUGAGGUACAAACAAACAAAUCUAAUAAAAACCAAAGCUUACAAUUAAUAAUAGGUUGAAAAUGAAAUUGGUUUUUCAGGAUUACGAAUUCAGGGAUUUUCGUUAAAUGUAGAAUGUUAUAGAUAACAUAAAAUUGAGAGAAGCCAGACGAAACCUUCCCUUUUCCCAAAAAAGUUCAAAUUUUUGCAGGCCGUGUUCGAAAUCUCUCGCCAUCCCUUUGGAACAUUCAACAUUUGUCGGCCCUAUUUCUAAACGGCAAUCAAUUGCAACGACUACCACCCGAAAUUUCGCAACUCAAUCAUCUAACAAUGCUCGAUCUGUCAAAUAACAAAUUGCGUUCACUUCCAGCCGAAUUAGGCGAUAUGAUCACACUGUGCCAUUUAUAUCUUAACAACAAUCUUCUACGUGUUCUUCCUUACGAACUUGGUAAACUGUUUCGUGUUCAAACUUUGGGUAAGUUGAGGGAGGGAAAAUUGAAAAAUUGAUUAAAAUAACGGUAAAAAAUUUAUCCACGUUUCAAGUUUUUCAAGGUUUUUGGAUUUUUUGCUGUGAAAUUUUGAAAAUUUUCCAAAUUUUUUGACUAGAAAAAUUAACAAAUUGAACACUUCAAGAACUGAAAAAUCCAGUACAUGAAAACCUUUCUGAAUUCCAUUUUUUCAAAAUCUCAAAACCCCCUUAUUUUGCAGGACUUCAAGGAAAUCCAUUAUCACCAGAAAUUAGCAAAAUUUACCAUGAAUCUAACGGCUCACAGCGAAUUUUACAAUUUUUGUUGGAUCACUUGACAAGUGAGUUGUUUUUUCCCCUUUCUCAAAAUAUUUUAUUUUAUUUCAAAAAAAAACUAAAAAUUUUGAGAUAACACACAGUUUUUCUAUAAUUCCUUAUCAAAAUUUUGUUUUUCGUAAAAAACUAUACAGUGGAGCAGUUGACAGGUCAAAUUUUUAGUAUUUUUUAUUUGGUUUCUCAAAAGAUUUUAUCAAACCGGUUUGUAUUGGUCCUUUGACACUUUUUUUCGAAAUUGGGAAGGAGAAGAAGAAAAUUGUAAUUUUCGAACAAGAACAAACUUGUUACAAAAUGAUGAUUGAAGUUGUUGUAAAUUGA